CCAAGCAGUGGAGAUCGACAGGAGAGUUAGCACCACAACCGCUGAAACAGCAAGGCAAAAAGUGGGAGAUCGGAGAUCGAGGAAGAGAGUAUUGGGAGGGAAUCGAAUUGUUAAAGAAGAAAAAGGAAAAAAGGAUGGCUAAGAAAGCCGUGCUAAUCGGAUGCAACUACCCUGGAACGAAGGCAGAGCUGAAAGGAUGCAUCAACGACGUUAAACGGAUGCAUCAGUGUCUGAUCCAGCGUUACGGCUUCUCCGAGGACGACAUCAGCAUCCUGAUUGAUACUGACGACUCCUUCCCCCAACCCACCGGCAAGAAUAUACGCUCCGCCCUUGCCCGUCUCGUCAGAUCCUCCGAACCAGGCGACUUUCUCUUCGUCCACUACAGUGGCCACGGCACCCGCCUUCCUGCAGAGACCGGGGACGACGACGACACCGGCUACGACGAGUGCAUUGUUCCCUCCGAUAUGAACCUCAUCACAGAUGACGAUUUCAGGGAGUUGGUAGAUCAGGUUCCCGAGGGAUGCCGCUUCACGAUUGUAUCAGAUUCUUGCCAUAGCGGCGGUCUUAUUGACGAUGCCGAGGAGCAAAUAGGAGAGAGCACCAACUCCAAGCGGCGGGAAGAAGGAAAUAGCUCCUCCCGUUUUGGUUUUAGGAGCUUUAUUCAUCAAAGCGUCGAAGGUGCUUUAGAAUCUCGUGGGAUCCACGUUCCCUCAGCGUUCCAACACCGUCACGGCCACGAGGAUGAUGUGCAAGAGGAAGAGAGAGAGGUGGAGCUUUCCUACGGGGAGCGAGUGAGUGUUAAAAGUAGAUCCUUACCGCUCUCUACUCUUAUAGAUAUUCUGAAGCAGAAAACUGGGAAAGAGGACAUUGAUGUGGGCCAAUUGAGGCCGACCCUUUUCGAUGUGUUUGGAGAAGACGCGAGCCCCAAGGUGAAGAAGUUUAUGAAGGUGAUCAUGGACAAGCUCCAGGGCGACCAGAGUGGGCAAUCUGGAGGAGGGUUCUUGGGAAUGAUUGGUGGUCUUGCUCAAGAAUUUCUCAAACAAAAGCUGCAAGAGAAAGAUGAAGACUACGUGAAGCCUGCCCUGGAUACUCAAGUGGGCAGCAAAACUGAAGCAUAUGCUGGAUCAUCCAAGCGGGCACUUCCAGAUGGUGGGAUCCUGAUUAGUGGCUGCCAAACUGACCAAACAUCGGCCGAUGCCACUCCAUCAGGAAAUGCUGAUGCCUCUUAUGGAGCCCUCAGCAAUGCAAUUCAGACCAUACUUGCCGAAUCUGAUGGUUCAAUUACCAACCACCAACUUGUUUUGACUGUUAGGGAGAAGCUCAAGAGCCAAGGUUUCACUCAGCGGCCUGGUCUCUACUGUAGUGAUCAUAAUGCCCGUGCUUCUUUCGUUUGUUGAUUCCUUUUUUCAGCUUAAAUUAUCUUCUGCUUUGUGUGCUCCCUCAUCGGGAAUGCCUUCUACAAACCACACAUAUGCCCGUUCUAUUCGUGUGAUAUUUUCCAUAUGUAUGUAUACCCUGUUGCUAUGCUUUGCCUUUGAGUGAUUUUGGUGUUAAUGCUGUAAUAAAAUUAAGCUUGGACCUUACAUUAUCAAGAGUUGGGGAAAGAUGAUAUUCUUCAACUUUUACAUUAUCAAGAGUUGCAGAAAUGUGAUAUCCAAUGAACAAUCUUA